AUGGCAUCACCAAUAGUCGACAUCCACACUCACGUCUACACACCAGCGUACCUGGACAUGCUCCGAGCUCGCAAAAAUGUGCCAUACGUCCACGAUCCUGCCAACGGCGCUGACUCCCGUUUAAUCAUCCUCGCAUCUGAUGAUGACGCGGGCACAGCACUUGGCCAACGAGGUCGUCCUGUCGAUGCAUCGUACUCCGAUAUCGAGGUCAAGCUCGCGUUCAUGAGAAAGCACGGUAUUACUACGAGUGUCAUAUCGCUGGCGAACCCCUGGUUGGAUUUUCUAGAAGUGGACGACGCGCAAGUGUGGUCGGAAAAGAUAAACAACGAUCUUGAAGAGACUUGUGCAACGGUCAACAAGGAUAGCAAAUCUAUCAGCGAAGUGAAAACGCUGUACGCUUUCGGCGCCCUACCACUCUCCGCACCAGACCCGUCUAUCAUCGUCAACGAGAUCAAAAGACUCAAAACCCUCUCACACAUGCGUGGCGUGAUCAUGGGCACCUCAGGUCUCGGCAAAGGUCUCGACGAUGCAGGCUUAGACCCCGUCUGGGCAGCCCUAGAAGAAACCCAGACCAUACUCUUCCUUCACCCUCACUACGGUCUCCCCGAUGAGGCCUUUGGUGGUCCAGAAGUUACUCAAAGAUAUGGCCAUGUUCUCCCUUUAGCACUCGGAUUCCCGCUUGAGACCACUAUUGCAGUAACCAGGAUGCUUUUAUCGGGUGUCUUUGAUCGGUUUCCCAAUAUCAAGAUUCUGCUGGCGCAUUCAGGUGGUGCUCUGCCGUUUCUGGCGGGGAGGAUUGAAAGUUGUAUUGCGCAUGAGAGGAAGUUUGUUGCUAACGGUGGAAGUACGCAGGGACCUGUAAGGGAUGUGUGGACGGUUUUGAAUACGAACAUUUACCUUGAUGCGGUUGUGUAUGGCGAAGCGGGGUUGAAAGCAGCUAUACAUGCAGCUGGAGGGCAUGAUAGGCUAUUGUUCGGUACUGAUAACCCCUUCUUCCCUCCACUUUCCGAAGAGGAUGCGACCUGGCCCAGUGUUACAACAAACUACAAGGCGAUUGAAGGGACUUUGAGUACCGACAAAGAGGCAGUCAAAGCAGUUCUCGGUGGUAACGCAAUUCGCAUUCUGAAUCUCAAUUAA